AUGAGUAAAGAAUUUUACGAGACAAUGUUGAAUGACAAGUCACUCUUAUUAACAGAUAUUUUAUAUGAAAGUAGUAGUUCUUCAAGUACUACCGAUAGUUCAAAUGAUGACAACUUGGAAAUUUUAACUGGAAUUGUACAAACCUUACAAAUUAUUACCGAAUAUGAACAAAAAAAAAGUACUUUUGAAUGGCUUUUAAAAGAAAUCAUACCAGUAUUAAGUAUUAAUAAUAAUGAUGGAUUAUGUGAUUCACCAAAUUAUUUAAAAUUAGUGACACUUUAUGAUGACUUGCAACUGGAGAAACUUUACAACAUUUUG